AGCACUUCCUGAAAUCCUUUAACUUUGAGGCUGGAUUUAAAAACGAAGCAGAGCACACAUACUGCCUGUAACUCCUGGGAAGGACACAAGACAAGCAACGAUGGCAGUGGAUGGGAAUGAACCUGAGACUCUGGAGUAUAAAUUGGUUCCACACCGAGAUUUCAACCUGAUCUCUGGGAUCCAUUGUCCAGAGGAAGUGGAUGAGAUACAGAACUGGGAGAUCCGAGACUCAGAUAUCUUCAUCAUCACAUAUCCCAAAUCAGGGACGAUUUGGAUGCAGCAGAUCAUGAGCCUGAUAGAAGCGAAGGGAGAUGUCACAGCGACAAAGGAUCAGAUGAACUGUGUAGGCAUGCCAUGGAUUGAGCUAGCUGGGAGCAAAAAGGACUUUGUCUCUGCCCCCUCCCCUCGAAUCCGUGUCAGUCACCUGCAAUACAAGUUCAUCCCCCUUGGGCUGAAACAGAAGAUGGGAAAGGUGAUCUAUGUGGCAAGAAACCCUAAAGAUGUUCUGGUGUCUUACUACCAUUUCCACAAAUAUGCCUCUAUGCUGGAGACACCAGAGGACUUUGACUCCUUUUUUGAAAAGUUUUUGGAAGGAAAAGUGUACGGGAACUGUUGGUUUGACCACAUUAAGGCCUGGUACUCAGAGGGAGACAGUAUGAAUUUCCUGUACAUCACAUAUGAGGAUAUGAUUCAGGAUCUGAGGUCGGCAGUGGACCAGAUCUGUGCGUUCCUGGACCGGGACCUGACAGCCCAGCAGAAAGAAAGUGUGGUGGAACACAGCACCUUCGAGAACAUGAGGAAGAACCCCAAAGCUAACUACCAGGCUGUGUCGUCUUCUCUCCUUGACCACAACAAGGGUGCCUUCAUGAGGAAAGCACUUCCGGUCCUUCACUACAGUAUAAAAAUGAGGUAAAAAGCAUGCAAAAUCCCUUCCCCUUAGUGAGGGAAAAGCCAAAGACCUGUCAAUUCAGAAGAGACAGAUAAAAAAGCACGUAUGGUUAAAGUGCAUUGUCAGAUUUUAGUAAAGGGCAUUUUGUGAUUCAUGGACAUGAAUUUUGUGAUUCAUGGACACCCAGUGGCUGGGUGUCUUCCCUGGUGAUUCUCUGCCAGGCCUGAGUUGCAGCCAUCUUUAGCUUAUACUUGCUUUGGAGGGCAGUCCCCUUGAGUUCUCUCUUCAGCAUAUGAAAGGCAUGCUCAAUUGGGUUCAGAUCAGGUGAUUGACUUGGCCAGUCAAGAAUUGACAAUCUUUUAGCUUUCAAAAACUCCUUUGUUGCUUUGGCGGUAUGUUGCUGUAGAAUGAACCGCUGGCCAAUUAAUUUUGAGGCAUUCACUUGAACUUGAGCAGAUAGGAUAUGUCUAUACACUUCAGAAUUAAUUUUGCUACAACUAUCAGCAUUUAUAUCAUCAAUGAAGAUAAGUGAGCCAGUACCUUCAGCAGCCAUACAUACCCAGGCCAUAACACCUCCACCACUGUGUUUCACAGAUGAGGUGGUAUGCUAUGGAUCUUGGGCUCCUUCAUUGGUGCCUUCUCUCCUCCAUACUUUGCUUUUGCCAUCACUCUGAUAUAAGUUCAUCUUCAUCCCAUCUGUCAACAAGACCUUUUUCCAGAACUGCGGUUGCUAUUUAAGUACUUCUUAGCCAACUAACCUUGCCAUCCUGAUUUUGCAACCAGUGGUUUGCAUCUUGCAGUGUAGCCUUUAUUUCUGUUCAUGAAGUCUUCUACGGACAGUGGUCAUUGACAAAAUAUUGAUCUGUAGGACAGUUCUUGAUUAUGUAGACAAUUCUUCCGUCAUCAGGUGUGGAGGUCUUUCUUGGCCUGCCAGUCCUUUUAUCAUUAGUAAGCUCACCAGUGCUCUCUUUCUUCUUAAUUAUGUUCCAAACAGUUGAUUUUGGUAAGCCUAAGGUUUGGACGAUGUUGCUAACCUUUUUAUUCUUCUUUCUUAGUCUAAUAAUGGCUUCUUUGACUUUCAUUGGCACAGCUUUGUUCCUCAUGUCGAUAAACAGCAAUAAUAGUUUCCAAAGGUGAUUGAAAGAUUAGAGGAAGGACUAGGUGCUGAGAGCUCUCUUAUACCUGCAUUAAGGAGGCAAUUAAACACACCUGAGCAAUUACACCGGUGAAACCAUUCGACCCAAACAUUAGG